AUGUUUUUCGGUAAUGUCGCAAGUCACUCGAGCGUUGACACAGGCUUCCCAAUUGCCGCGUUCUCUCAACCUAUUGCGUCAACUAGUUUGCCUGCCUUUUCUUCUCAGACUCUGCUUGGUGGUACUGGCAACGAAGUACCUCGGGCACUUCCUCUGAGAGAACGUUACAUCGAGUCGUUCUAUCUGAAUUUCUACGCCGCUCAUCCCUUUAUACCGCCAAAGGAUCUUCUUCUAAUCUUAGCACAGCAGACCUCCCUGGAGCCCCUGCUUGCAGCUAUGCGUUGGAUUGGUUCUCUAUACAUCGAGCAAGACAGCUCUCGCAGCCUUUUAACAGAUGCAUCCCGCCUAAUAGAUGGUACGCCUCUCAAAAACGGCUUCUUAGUGCAGGCUAUGUUGCUUGUCAUCAUUGGACUUGACGGCAAUCGUCAAGGAAAAAGGGCCAAAAAGCUCAUGGCAAAUGCCCGGGAUAUCUCGAUUCAAAUUAAAUUAAACACGCAUCCAUUUGCAGCCACCAACGGACAAGGAAUUCCGAUACUUGAGGAGAGCUGGCGGAGGACGUGGUGGGAGCUUUACAUUGUGGAUGCCCUUAUGUCGGGUGUGCAUCAAACCAACAUCUUUAUUCUGUAUGAUGUACCUACGGAUGUCGGUCUGCCUUGUGAGGAGUACCAAUAUCUCACAGGACAAAUACCUCCCCCCAUUCACCCAUACGAUACGGAAAACUUGGGACUGUUUGAUGGCAGGCCGUUUUCAUCGUACACCUAUCGGAUUCAAUGUGCCUGCCUCUUGGGUACCCUUCAAAAAAUGCCAACACAGGUCGACCAUGUCGACAGGCUCCUCGCCAACUGGAUGCUCCGCUUACCUCCUUCAAAAUAUGACGCUUAUUGCAAAGGCGAGUUAGAUGAGAUGAUGUUCCAGGCCAUUAUGAUGUGGCAGGCUAUUUCUAUUCUCUUACACCAGCCUCACUCACAACUGGAUCCAUCUUUGACUUAUAAUAUUAAGGCCUGCGUCCCCAACACGCCAGCUGUUUCCAGCGAUGCCUUAAAUUCGCAUACGAAACAUACGAUUCGGGCUGCGAGGGAACUUAGCAAGUUGAUCAGCCAACGCGUUCCUCUCCUCAAACACACUCAUUUCUUUGCUUACAUGGUGACACUCUCAUCGACAAUCCACCUCAGCAGAUGGUCAUUAACCUUUGUGGCCGAAGAUGAUGAGGAUCUACGUCAAAAUAUGGGUCGAAAUAUUGGGGCCCUUAUAAAGUAUGCUGAGAUGUGGCCUAUGGCGCAACGUUUGGGACUGCAAGUAAAGCAAAUUGCAAAAAAGGUGUAUACAACAAAGAAGCACCAGCAACAGCAGCCUUCAAAAUAG